ACUCCGUAGUUUUCGUCAAAUGGCUGAUUUGUAUUCACGCGAAAUCAUUUGUUGUCUUCAACCGUAAAGUUUCAACUUUUCACAUUCUGAAAGUGAGUUUUUACGUGUCGUUUUGUGGAUAUAAUACGUAGAUUUGGUUAAAAAAUGUGUCCCGGCUUGAAAAUUAUUACAAAGACCUGGCGCUUCAAUAACAGUCUGCAUUUCGACGUUAGCUGGUUAUUUCACGGAAAUGCAUCUCAGCGCAAGUUUUAAAUAAAUACAAACCUUGCUGGUUUUACGUGUAUUUUGUUUGCGUUGCGUUUGCACGCGCUUGAUUAAUUAAUUAUUUUUCGCCAGAAUCUUUUUACAUGCGGUCCUUGCCGGUAGAACACCAAACUGCUUGCCGACUAACUUUACUAAGCUAACAAGCUGCCGUUUUAGAAAUGGAGAUCCACGUCUCGAGCCUUUUCCCCGAGAUUUUAGCGAUGAUUUUUAACUACCUGGACGUGAAGGGCAAAGGCAGAGUCGCGCAAGUAUGCGUAGCGUGGAGAGACGCCUCGUACCAUAAAUCCGUCUGGAGGGGCGUAGAAACCAAACUCCAUCUGAGAAGAGCAAACCCAUCACUCUUCCCCAGUCUCCAGACCAGAGGGAUCAAGAAGGUGCAGAUCCUCAGCCUGAGGCGCAGUCUGAGCUAUGUCAUUCAAGGGAUGCCCAACAUCGAGAGCCUUAACUUGAGUGGAUGCUACAAUUUAACAGAUAACGGCCUUGGUCAUGCUUUUGUGCAGGACAUACCCUCUUUGAGAAUACUUAACCUCAGCCUUUGCAAACAGAUCACAGAUUCCAGUUUAGGCCGGAUUGCGCAGUACCUGAAGAACCUUGAACUGUUGGAUCUGGGUGGAUGUAGUAAUAUCACUAACACAGGGUUAUUGCUCAUUGCCUGGGGCCUACAUAAUCUCAAAAGCCUCAACCUGAGGAGUUGCAGGCACGUGUCAGAUGUUGGCAUCGGGCACCUGGCUGGCAUGACACGCAGUGCUGCGGAGGGCUGCCUAAGUUUGGAGCAUCUGACUUUGCAGGACUGUCAGAAGUUGACCGAUCUGUCACUCAAGCAUAUCUCUAAAGGCUUAAACAAGCUGAAAGUCCUCAACCUGAGUUUCUGUGGUGGCAUCUCAGAUGCUGGCAUGAUCCAUCUGUCUCAUAUGACUCAGCUCUGGACUCUUAACCUGCGAUCAUGUGAUAAUAUCAGUGACACAGGCAUCAUGCAUCUUUCAAUGGGCAUGCUGAGGCUGUACGGGCUGGAUGUGUCAUUUUGUGAUAAAGUUGGUGACCAGAGUCUGGCGUACAUUGCCCAGGGCCUGUACCAACUCAAGUCCCUGUCGCUUUGCUCAUGCCACAUCAGCGAUGAUGGAAUCAACAGGAUGGUGCGGCAAAUGCAUGAACUGAAGACUUUAAACAUUGGGCAGUGUGUGCGGAUCACAGACAAGGGACUUGAGCUCAUAGCUGACCACUUGACACAGCUGACAGGGAUUGACUUGUACGGCUGUACCAAAAUUACAAAAAGAGGACUCGAGAGGAUUACGCAGCUGCCCUGCCUUAAAGUAUUGAACUUGGGACUUUGGCAAAUGACAGAGGUGAAAGGUUUAGGUGAUGCCUCUGAGAUCUUGCCAUGCUACACCUCUUAACUAAUGUUUACACUACCUCAAUGUUGCCUUCAUUUUCUAGAGAGAGAUGUAUUUAGACAAGGUAUUUUAAGAUGCACCGUCUCAGCACCUCCAUGAACUUUGUUACUGAGCCCAUUUGGAAAAGGGGCUUUACGUAUACAGUUCAAAUUAAGUCAGCAAUAAAACACUGAACAGCCUUCCUAAUUGUAUAGUCUAAAAAUGAAUGGUUCCUUUGAAUGCCUUUGUGUUUUUCUUUGUUUUAGAGCUUCAUAUUGAGGUGAGAUAUUAUGAAAUGUCUUUUUGUCAUUUCCACUGACAAACACCUUUAGUUGCUGCCUUUUAAGUAUUUAUCCUGAAAACCAGCAAUAUUAUGUAAAUUGGAGGUGAAAAAAGUAACAUGUUUGCUGCUUUAUUUUGUGAAAUUCCUCCCUGGUAAAAUGGAACAUAUGCAAUUUAAACUUUGUCAUAUAAAAAAGGCCAGUUUGCUUG